ACAGGUAUCACUAUUUACACGUCAUUUUGCAAUUAAUCGCGAGCAUACGCUGGAACGUUUCGCUAUUGAUAAUUUCAGACCAGUUCCACGACCACCGCAAGGCUUAAGUGAAAGUUUCUAUGAGCAUUAUGUGACAUAUAGCCUAUGGUCUUAUAGUCGCGAGCCAAUAAAGAUACCUUUACUAAAGAAACUUCAAGGAAAAAAAGAACCGUCACAAGCAGCAGUUAAGGGAUAUUUAGCGAUCUUAAAAUAUAUGGGGGAUUAUCCAUGCCGGCGCAUUUCUACUAUCACUGAACUUACCGAUGAAGUUUUCAAAGGAGCGUUCAAAUAUGAAAUCAUCCGAGACGAAGUGUACUGUCAGUUGAUGAAACAAUUAACGUGGAACUACAAUCCGGUGAGUGUGGAGCACGGAUGGGAACUUAUGUGGUUAUGCACUGGGAUAUUUCCUCCAAGUCAGUCACUCUUCAAAGAAGUGGAAUUGUUUCUCCGUACUAGACGAUAUCCCUUGGCGCUGCACUGUCUCAAUAGACUUCGACGAAUCCAGCGGAUUGGACGUCGGAAAUUUCCGCCGCAUGAUGUGGAAGUGGAGGCAGUACGACAGCGAACUAUACAAAUAUUCCACAAAACCUUCUUUCCUGACAAUUCAGAUGAAAUUAUCGAAGUGGAUUCGACAACAAAAGCUCAGGAUUUCUGUCAUCGAAUUGCAACACGUUUGGGGCUCAACUCUGUGGAUGGAUUUGCUUUGUUUGUGAAAGUUAAUAGCAAAGUGAUCUCAAUUCCGGAUAAUGAAUUUUUCUUUGACUUCUUGCGGCAAUUGUUCGAAUGGAUGCAUCCCAAAAAUGGAGCACUAUUUAACUUUUCCUACCAACUUUUCUUUAUGAAAAAGCUGUGGAUUCAUACAGUACCCGGAGAAGAUCGUAUUGCUGACCUCAUUUUUCACUAUCCUCAGGAAUUACCUAAAUAUUUACGCGGUUACCACGCGGUUACUCGGCAGCAAGCAGUGGAAUUGGCAGCCGUAGUACUUCGUGCCCGAACUCGUGAUGAUAAGGAAGCGCCAUUGUCUCAGUUGACUCAAAUUAUCUCGGAUAUUGUGCCGCGUGACAUGAUAAAGACGUACAAUGGUGCUGACUGGAAAAAGUACAUAACAAGUGCAUACGUUGGACGUUUUGAGAAUAUGCCGUCAAGCGAAGCCAAAAUACAUUUCCUGAAAACAAUCGCUGAAUGGCCUACCUUCAGUUCUACGUUCUUUGAGGUAAAACAGUCUUCGGAUUCAGCGAUUCCGGAUAAAUUGUUGAUAGCGAUCAACAAGACAGGCGUCCAUUUAUAUAACCCCUCAACGAAACAACGUAUCGUUCACUACCCAUUCACAAUAUUGAGAAACUGGAACAGUGGCAAUACAUAUUUCCAUAUGACUAUCGGAAGUUUAAUGAAGGGGGGUCGAGGUACUCGAUUGCUUUUGGAAACAUCGCUGGGAUACAAAAUGGAUGACUUGUUGACGUCUUACAUCAGGCUGUUCCUUAGCGCCCUCAAUCGACCCUCUGCCGAAAUGAUUGAAAACGAAACUGCGGAAGUGUGA